UACCGAGGUAAACCUGCAGGCAACGACAAGGAAGCGACAUCUGGACUAACUUGGAUUUACCAAACGAAAGCCACUUUAUUUAGCUAGCACCUAAUUUAGCGAACAUUGUGUUCUUUUUCUCCACAGUCUAGUUUGUUGUUGUAAACUGAGAGUCAACAUGUUUUCGAUGGACUUGGAGAAGCUGCAGAUGACAGGAGCUGGUCGGGCCAUAGCAGUGCUGACCAGCGGGGGAGAUGCACAAGGGAUGAAUGCUGCUGUCAGAGCUGUGACCAGAAUGGGCAUCUAUAUGGGGGCCAAGGUCUACCUCAUUUAUGAAGGAUACCAGGGCCUGGUGGACGGGGGAGACAAAAUCAAACUAGCACACUGGCACAGUGUGACCAACAUCAUCCAGCUGGGUGGGACUGUGAUAGGUAGCGCCCGUUGCAAGGCCUUCACUACUCGAGAGGGCAGGCUCGCCGCCGCCUUCAACCUGGUGAAGAAAAGCAUCACCAACCUGUGUGUGUGUGGCGGAGACGGCAGCCUCACCGGAGCAAACAUCUUUCGCGGCGAGUGGAGCAGUCUGCUGGCUGAGCUCGUAAAGAAAGGCCGGAUCACAGACACUCUGGCCAAGCAGAACGACAACCUGAACAUCGUGGGACUUGUGGGCUCCAUCGACAACGACUUCUGCGGCACCGACAUGACCAUCGGAGCUGACUCCGCGCUGCACCGCAUCAUGGAGAUAAUUGAUGCUAUCAUGACCACCGCCCAAAGCCACCAGCGCACUUUCGUUCUGGAAGUCAUGGGGCGACACUGUGGAUAUCUGGCCCUGGUGUCAGCACUGGCAUCCGGGGCAGAUUGGCUUUUCAUUCCAGAGGCUCCUCCUCAUGAGGGCUGGGAGGACCUCAUGUGUGCCCGUCUAGAGGGGAGCCGCAUAACUGGGUCAAGACUCAACAUUAUAAUCAUCGCAGAAGGAGCCAUUGACUUUAAUGGCAAGCCGAUCUCCUCAACUUAUGUAAAAGAUCUGGUGGUGAAGAGGCUGGGCUAUGAUACAAGAGUGACAGUCCUCGGCCAUGUUCAGCGAGGAGGAACUCCUUCAGCCUUUGACAGAAUAUUGAGCAGUAAGUUGGGUGUGGAGGCAGUGGUUGCCCUGAUGGAGGCCUCUCCUGACACCCCAGCCUGUGUCAUUGGCCUCUCAGGUAACCAAGUUGUUCGUCUGCCUCUAAUGGAGGGUGUGGAGAUGACGAAGUUGGUGCAGACGGCCAUGAAUGAAAAGAAGUUUGAUGAGUCUGUCAAACUGCGUGGAGGGAGUUUUGAGAACAACUGGAACAUCUACAAGCUUCUUGCCUUCCAGAAGCCUGCAGAGUCUGAGAGCAAUUUCUCUUUGGCUAUUCUGAACGUGGGCGCUCCGGCUCCAGGGAUGAAUGCAGCGGUGAGGUCUGCUGUGAGGUUAGCCCUCGCUCACGGACACAAGGUCUACGCUGUCCACGAUGGCUUUAAAGGACUUGCCAAAGGGGCGGUUUUUGAGAUGGAAUGGCAUAGUGUCGCAGGAUGGACAGGUCAAGGGGGCUCACUGCUGGGGACAAAUCGAACUCUUCCAAACGAAAACAUGGAGAAGAUUGUGGAAACCAUCACCAAGUUCAACAUCUCGGCUAUUCUUGUAAUUGGAGGGUUUGAGGGGUACGAAAGUGUGCUGCAGCUGUUUGAAGCCCGGAGUCACUAUGAUGAGCUCUGCAUCCCUAUCUGUAUAAUCCCUGCCACCAUCAGCAACAACGUCCCUGGAACAGACUUCAGCCUGGGAGCAGACACGGCUGUUAAUGCUGCCAUGGAGAGUUGCGACAAGAUCAAGCAGUCUGCCACUGGGACCAAGAGGCGAGUGUUUGUGGUGGAGACAAUGGGUGGAUUCUGUGGCUAUCUGGCAACCUGCACCGGUAUAGCUGUGGGUGCUGACGCAGCCUACAUUUAUGAAGAGCCCUUCGACAUACACGACCUGAAGACUAAUGUGGACCAUUUAACUGAAAAGAUGAAGAAGGACAUCCAGCGGGGUCUUGUACUGAGGAAUGAAAAAUGCCAUGAAAACUACACCACAGAUUUCAUCUAUAAGCUGUAUUCAUCAGAGGGGAAGGGUAUCUUUGACUGCAGAGUCAAUGUGUUGGGACACCUUCAGCAGGGAGGGGCACCUUCUCCCUUUGACAGAAAUUUUGGCACUAAGUUGGGUGUGAGGGCUAUCCAGUGGAUUUCAGAGAGGCUGACAGAAAACUUCAGACAAGGCCGCGUGUUUGCCAACUCGCCAGAUACAGCGUGUGUUCUUGGCCUCAACAGGAAGGUCAUCUCAUUCAUCCCAGUUACUGAACUGAAGGCUGCGACUGAUUUUGAGCACAGGAUGCCCACGGUCCAGUGGUGGAUUAAUCUUCGGCCGAUGCUAAAAAUGUUGGCCAAGUACCAAACCAGCUUCUGUGAAUAUGUCCCAGGAGAGCUUGAACAUGUGACUCAACGCUCCAUCAGCAUAGACUCUGGGUUCUAGGCUCUCCAAUGCAACAGUAUGCUCUUGGCACUUUUUAAUCAGUCCAUCCUUCAUUUUUACACAAACUAUAUAUUUUAAGAAUGGUUUUCAAUCUGCUGCUGUGCAUGUUUACAAGACUGAAGACUUUUCAAGCCAGCAUUGAUCCCAGUCUGUUGUCAGCAUCAUAAAUAAUGUAGAAUUUUACUUCAAGUAUUCAUUUAUUGAAUGAUUCAAAACAGAACUGAUUUUGCUAUUUUCAUCACUAAGCGAGGCCUUGUAAAGCCAAAUCACUGCCUUAAAAAGAUAACCAAGUGUGCCAUGAAGCCAAAAAUUUGUUAAUGUACAAUUGAAAAUGUUGCAUGUGGUGUGAUAUUAAUGGUUUGCUUACAUAAUCAAAUAUAAUCAAAAUAUUGAUUUCACUAAACCAUAAAUAAUCUCAUCAGGAACCUCAAGUAAAAUUUAUGUGUAUGUAAAUGUAAAUUAAUUUAAGUGCCCCAGUGGUUGGUUUGAGAAACUCUUCUGAUACAUGUUUAAAUCUGUCAGAAUGUGACCGUGACUCAUGGGACCAGUGAGAUGUUUAUUUUCUUUUAUUUAUACACUGUCUACGACUGAAUGUAGUUAGAAUUAGUUAAUGCAAAUCACAGAAUAACAAGACUCCAUUAAACUUCACAACUACUGUACUUAUAUAGAGAAAUCUGUAAAGACAGAAACAUGAACAUAUGUUUUGUAUUAUUUUGAUACUUAUGCAAUAUAUUCAGUAAAAUUUUAUUCAACAGUAA